AUGACGUUUAUUAGAUGGAUGGGGCUCUGGAAACCAAACAAAAUAAGGUAUCUCGACACCCAAAGUCCAGAAGAAGCUGUUAUGAAGAUUUCAGAUGCAUAUGUCAGGGCAGAGCUCCUGACAGUGUUUUUCUGGUUUUGUGGGCAAGAAAAAAUACAGACGAGUUGUCCAGACCAGUAUGCUGGCUCUUUGUCCAUGACACUUAAUUCCCUUUUCAUGAGGGCUUUGAGACCACUGAUGGUUUUUGUCCUUAAUGAGAAGGCUUUUCAAAGGCUUCAGACUGAUUUGGUGGAGCUUAGCUCAUUUAAUCCGCUCAAGAGCUAUAUAAGCCUUCCUACCACAGAUUGCCAAGAAAAUGAGUACUGGGACCAAUGGGGACACUGUGUCACCUGCCAACUGUGUGGGUCUGGACAAGAGCUCUCCAAGGAUUGUGGUUAUGGAGAAGGUGGAGAUGCCUACCUCACAGCCUCCCCUGCCCACAGAUAGAAAAGCAGCUGGGGCCACCACAGAUGUCAGACUUGUAUCACCUGUGCUGUCAUCAAUCAUGUCCUGAAGGUCAAUUGCACAGCUACCUCUAAUGCUGUCUGUGGGGACUGUGUUUCCAGAUUCCACCAAAAGACAUGCAUUGGAGGCCUGCAGGACCAAGGGUGCAUUCCAUGCAUGAAGCAAAUCCCCACCUCUGAGGUUCAGUGUGCCUUCCUGUUGAGCUUAGUGGAGGCAGAUGUACCCACGGUUCCCCCUCAGAAGGCCACACUUGUUGCACUGGUGAGCAGUUUCCUCAUGGUGUUUACCCUGGCUUUCCUGGGGCUCUUGUUCUUCUACUGCAAGCAGUUCUUUAACAGACAUUUCCAGCAGGAGAAAUUGACUCUUCUCCCUGAUCCACCACCAGGUAGCCUCAAUCAGAUACCCCAAUUUGCAGGAUGUCUGCUGCAGUUUGAGGCUGACGAGGCAGUGGAGGAGGAAUCUCUCUUCUCUGUUGCACCUGGCCAGAAGACCAGUCCUGAGUCCACACUGAGUAAAAGCAUGUUUGAAACCCAGCCACUCAACCCCAACCUGGAUGAUGACUGCAACUCGACUCAUGACUUCCCCACACAGGAGUCUUUUACCAUGGCCUCCUGCACCUCAGAGAGCCACUCCCACUGGGUCCACACUCGCAUCAAAUGCACAGAGCUGGACCUGCAAAAGUUUUCCAGCUCUGCCUCCUAUACUGGAGCUGAGACCUUGGGUGGGGGCACAGCUGAAAGCUCUGGAGAAAGUCUGGAGCUCAAUGUGCCUUUUGAAGUCCCCAGCCCUUAA